GCUAUCUCUAAUCCACUGAGGAUAACAAAACUGCAUUAAAAGACCGGCUCUAAAUCGCAUCGCAUCUUAUUCUCGGCAAAUCAAGGGAACCAAACGUACUGUUGAUAAACCCCGGAGGAACCCAUCGAGAUGAAGCAUUUCUUACGAGUGGUGACACAGUUCUUUGUGUUCCUGUACUGUAAAUGCCUCUGGCGGGGCCUGAAGUUUGUAGCCAGGAAGUUGACAGGCCGCUGCGAGCUGCAGCGCAUCUGUUACAACAACAAACACGGAGCCCGCAGGACCCUGAAGAUCGAGUCCUCUCUGAAGUACUCCAAGAAUGAGCUGCUGCGCUCGGCCCUCAGUGUCCACCCGGACAAGGUGGAGAAGUCAAUCGAUGACAUCAUGGCCUUGAAGAAGAUCAACCUGGACACCAACCCACAGCUGGGCAUCUCGCUCCAGGCCAGCCUGCUCCAGGUGGUGGGCUACAGGAGUCUGGUGGGCGAGGUGGAGAAGCUCCGCAGGGAGCCCUACGACUGUGAGAACGCCCACCAUGAGACCCUGCUGAUGCAGCUUUGGAAGGAGCUGCGUCCCGACACGCCUCUCACCGGACGCAUCUCCAAGCAGUGGUGCGAGAUUGGUUUCCAGGGCAACGACCCGAAAACUGACUUCAGAGGCAUGGGCCUUCUGGGGCUCCACAACCUCCUGUACUUUGCUGAGCACGACAAAGCCAACGCUCUGCAGGUGCUCCACGACUCCCUGCAGCCCAAGCACAAUGAGAUGAGCCCGUCAGAAUGGGAGCAGAAGAGCCUCGACAAAGCUAUCGGCUUUUCCUUCGCCAUCGUGGGGAUCAACAUCACGGACCUGGCGUACUCCCUGCUGGUUAGCGGGGCCCUCAAGACCCACCUGUACAAUGUGGCCCCUGAGCUGCCCAGCCUGCUGCACUUCCAGCAAACCUUCUGCUACCUGAUGCAGGAGUUCCACCGCUUCUGGACGGAGGAGGAUCCCGGGGACAUCAUGGAGUUCAACCGGAUCCGCUCCAAGUUCCACCGCCAGAUCCUGAAGCAGCUGAAGCACCCCGACACCGCACUGUGCCCCCACUUCUCCGCCUCCGACCUCCACCUGGUCAACCUGUAA